GGCCUGAGGUGCGAGGAGAUUACAAAUAGUUUCCUGUCUAGUAAUGAGAAUAGUCGCUUCGCAGUCUUCCACAGAAACUAGUUUAGUGAGUUGCUGUUCUGUCGAAGGUUCUGCAUAGCGUUAACUUGCAACAUCCUGUGAGGUGAGAUGUUAAGAAGCCUGACUCAGGUUGUCGGACAAGUGGUCCGGUCAGGUCUGGCAGAGGUCAGGCUAAUAAAACAUGCACCAGUUACAAGUGUUGUAAUCUGCAAAAACAUGUCAUCCGCAAAGUUUGGGCUCUCAAAAAAACUCAUUGGAACAGAAAAGAAUAUAUGGGUGGAGUUCGGCAAGCUAGCUACAGAAUGUAAAGCUCUCAACCUGGGUCAGGGUUUCCCGGAUUUCAAGCCUCCCGAACAUGUCCUGGAGGCACUGGAAACCUGCGCCAGGAGUGGCAACUUCUCCCUCAGCCAGUACACCCGCAGCUACGGUCACCCACGACUUGUAAAUGCCUUGGCUAAAGUCAACUCACCGCUGAUUGGACGGGAGAUUGAUCCUAUGACCCAAGUGCUGGUGUCGGUGGGAGCGUACGGAGCUCUGUUCUGUACAAUACAGGGGCUGCUCAACCCUGGGGAUGAGGUGAUCAUCAUUGAACCGUUCUUCGACUGCUAUGAGCCAAUGGUGAGAGUGGCUGGAGGAACUCCAAGAUUUGUUGCCCUAAAACCGAAAAGUUCCGGGGAGUCGUCGUCAAGUGGGGACUUCACUCUUGACCCCAAGGAGCUGGAGAGUCAGUUCAACGAGAAGACGAAACUCAUCAUCCUCAACACACCAAACAACCCGCUGGGGAAGGUGUUUCUACGGGAAGAGCUGGAGAUGGUGGCAGCCUUGUGUAAGAAGUAUGACGUGGUCUGUGUGGCGGACGAGGUCUACGAGUGGAUGACCUACCCAGGACACAAGCACAUCAAAAUAGCCUCCCUCCCAGGCAUGUGGGAGCGUACGCUGACAAUCGGCAGCGCGGGAAAGACAUUCAGCGCCACAGGUUGGAAGCUGGGGUGGACAGUCGGACCUGAACAUCUCAUGUCCACUGUCAUGACGAUGCACGUCAACUGUAACUACACCUGCCCCACUAUACUGCAGGAAGCGGUAGCGAUUGGCUUUGAGAAGGAGUUGUCUCGGCUGGACUCCCCUGACUGUUACUUCCGGGCCCUGCCGGCAGAGUUGCUGCCGAAGCGGGACAUGUUGGCGAAGACGCUGAAGGAGCUGGGCAUGACACCCAUCAUCCCAGAAGGGGGGUACUUCAUCAUGACGGACGUCUCCAAGUUCUCUGCUCCGGAUGAUGGAAGUGGUGACCCUAAAGAUUUCCAGUUUGUGCGCUGGAUGACGAGGGAGAAGAAAUUGGCAGCCAUUCCACCUUCAGCCUUCUAUAGCAAGGAGCACAAAUUCAUGGCGGAGAAAUAUAUUCGGUUCUGCUUCAUUAAGGAGGACAGCACACUUGAGAAGGCAGCCAAGAUCCUCCAGGAGUGGAAGGCAUCGCUGUAACAUCAUUGUCUUAGCGCUAAGAUCGCUUUGUUGAACGGGGACCUGUAUCAGCCAGACAGUUGCCACGUGUUAUGUUUUUGUUUUCAAUUCCACUCCAUACUUCAGUACUGAUGUAUACUUCGAUAAUACUCAAUACUUCAAUACUUCGGAGCUCCUUGGGAGAGUGGUGACCCUUCUCCUGACAACAGGGUAGGAGUGUCUCGCCUUUUUCUGUCAUCUUCUCCAGGGAAAUGUAUCUUCUCAGGUAUUUGGGUGUGUAGGAACAGUAGGACAAUGCUAGGGGCAGAUUGGAAACUGUUGGACGGGGUUAGGGGCAAAUCAGGAACAGUUGGACUGUAAGAAUAACCCCUGUCUGAGAUCUGUAAC